GAAGACAAGGAGAAGAGCCGUCAGAAUCCACACGCACUUUGUCCUACUCUUACCUUCCACCUCAUUCCUCUUUACCGGAAUCACAAAAUCUUCAUUCGACGCCUCUUUCUCCGGCCAAAUCUACUUAUGAAAUGUUUAUCAAGGUCAGCCAUUUAGCAAAUCUUUUGUAGUGAUCCAAUCGCACUGAUUUCUAUUCUGGAGCUAAAAGUAAUGGGUAUAUACCUCAGUUCCCCCAAAACAGAGAAAUUCUCAGAAGAUGGUGAGAAUGCUAGGGUAAGAUAUGGUUUAUCAUCAAUGCAAGGAUGGCGUGCAACAAUGGAAGAUGCUCAUGCAGCAAUACCUGAUUUGGAUGCUUCAACAUCCUUUUUUGGUGUCUAUGAUGGUCACGGAGGUAAAGUUGUUGCUAAAUUCUGUGCCAAGUAUCUACAUCAACAAGUGCUCAAGCAUGAAGCAUAUUUACAUGGUGAUAUAGGAACUUCAGUCCAGAAAGCCUUUUUCAGAAUUGAUGAGAUGAUGCGUGGUCAGAGAGGAUGGAGGGAGCUGGCUGCACUAGGGGAUAAAUUAAACAAGUUCACGGGUAUGAUAGAGGGUCUUAUUUGGUCUCCAAAAAAUGGUGAUGGAAACAACCAUGUUGAUGAUUGGGCAUUUGAGGAGGGGCCUCACUCUGAUUUUUCUGGGCCUACUUCUGGAUGUACGGCUUGUGUUGCAAUCAUGAGAGGGAACCAACUCAUUGUUUCAAAUGCUGGUGACUCUCGCUGUGUAAUUUCAAGGAAGGGCCAGGCAUACAAUUUAUCGAGGGAUCAUAAACCUGAUCUUGAGGUUGAGAGAGAGAGAAUUUUAAAAGCUGGUGGUUUUAUUCAUGCAGGACGUGUGAAUGGAAGUCUAAAUCUUGCAAGAGCUAUAGGUGACAUGGAAUUCAAGCAGAACAAGUUUUUGCCAGCUGAGAAGCAAAUUGUAACUGCCAAUCCAGAUAUAAACACUGUUGAGCUGUGCGAUGAUGAUAAUUUUAUUGUGCUAGCGUGUGAUGGUAUAUGGGACUGUAUGUCCAGCCAGCAACUGGUGGAUUUUAUACACGAGCAGCUGAAGUCGGAAAGCAAGCUUUCUGCAGUAUGUGAAAGAGUUCUCGAUAGGUGUUUGGCACCUUCUACUGCUGGAGGUGAAGGAUGUGACAACAUGACCAUGAUUUUGGUGCAAUUCAAGAAGCCUUUUCAGUCUGGGGCUUCUGCAGUUGAAGAACUCCCAGCUUCUAGCGAGACACUCCCUGCUUCCGACGAGGCUACCAAUGAAACAAAACCAGCAGAGUGUGGAUCAAGUUCGUAGCUCUAAGCUCCCGGUUUUGGGUGAUACUUCUGAGUCUGCAAUUGUACAUGAUUGUUUUGUUCUGAGUAGAUAUCUACUGCAUAUACUUUGCUUUUCUUGGUUUUGUAUGUCAAUGCAUUGUAUUAUAACCAUUGGGAUGGCUUGUAUAGGUAACUUGACCACAGGGUUAACCUUCUCAGGUUGAUGUUUACUCGAGUAACUUCUAUAGGGGUUCCCUUUUCCCUGCUGUAAAACCGAGGAAACAAUUUGUAUCAAGGCCUCUUUGCCAAGUUCCUCUAAUAAAGGACUAACUUGGUCUGUGGUUGCACUGA